AUGAGCGCACAGCCAUCAUACCUUAUCAUCGGGGCUGGAGUCUUCGGUGUCUCCACUGCCUACCACUUGAUCAGGAAGUACUCCGAAGCACAUAUACAACUAAUUGACCGGACACAAUACCCCUGCCCACUUGCCGCAUCCUGGGAUUGGAACAAAGUCAUCCGUGCAGACUAUGGCGACAUCUUCUACAUGGAAAAGGCGCUGGAAGCCAUAGAGUACUGGCGACAUGACCUACUCUUCAGCCAGUUCUACCAUCAAAGCGGUAUGAUCAAUAUCGACAAUGCCGACUUGGGCAGAAAAGUCUUGAAGAAUUAUGAGAAGCUUGGUAUCGAAGUCGACGCGGAGAUGGUGAGCCCCGAACGUCUCAAGGCGUUGUAUGGUUCUUUCUACGAUAACACCGAUUUCUCUGAAGUUGGCAAAGUAUUCGUCAACAGAGACAGUGGGUGGGCCGAAGCCACCAAGGCUUUAACUGCUUACACUGACGCUGCGAUUGAGGCAGGGGUCAAGUAUGCCGCAGCAGAUGUCGACGUGUUGACCUUCGGUCGUGACGGAGGAUGUACCGGAGUUCUAACGAAGGGUGGUGAAAACAUCACAGCAGAUCGCAUCAUCUUGGCUACUGGUGCAGGCACAGCCCAACUAAUCGCCGACAGUGCUCCAAAUAGAAGCGAGUUACAAGUCGACGGGCGUCUGGUAGCCGGGGCAGUGGUCACUGGAAUCGUCAAUCCCGACCCAAAGGAUGGGAAACAAUACACCGAGAUACCAGUCACAGUACAUUCUGUCUUACCAACAAGAGGGGAAGUAAUGCCACUGACAGCGCCGCUGUCGGAUCAGGACCCAUACACCGUCAAGUUCUGUCGAGACGAGGCCUACAAAAAUACCUUCAAACACGAGGCAUCAGGUCAAGAGUUCUCUUCCCCGCCAGAUGAGCCCGGCCAGGCUCAGAAGGAACCAAACGAAGCACUCAAAAAACGACUCGAACUUGUGAAGAAUGGCAUACUGGGUGAACCCGGGAAGGACGUCAAGUUUGACGAGGAUGCUGUGACACCAUCUCAAGACUUCAUCAUCACGCCGCACCCCCAUUCUCAGUAUCUAUAUCUUGCGACAGGCGGCUCUUUCCACGGAUGGAAGUUCAUGCCUACGAUUGGUCGCUACGUCGUGGAGAUGCUGGAUGGUUCCCUAGACCCCUCUCUUGCCAAACGAUGGGCGUGGGAUCGUGAGAACGAAGGCGGUGCACAUACUCAUCUGCUCCCUACGAUUGAGUUACGAGACCUGUGA